UAAUGAAAGGCGCGAUCUUUUUGAUGCGAGAAAAAGAAGUCUUUAAAGCCAAACACUGCUUUAAGUGAAACAAUGAUGGUAGCAAAAUCUGCGAUCUUUUGGCAUUUCCCUAUCUGAACUUCACCGAUCAACGACCCUCUUAUUCACCGCUCGUGAAAACCCAGAGAAAGGAGACAAAAAGAUGGGUGAAUCUACGGAUAUCAUAAGCGAUCUGCCACAGAGCAUAAUCGAGAACAUACUUACUCGCCUUUCGAUUAGAGAUGCGAUAAGGACGAGCGUGUUAUCUAGCAAAUGGAGAUACAAAUGGUCAACGCUCACUGAUCUCGUCUUUGAUGAGAAAUGCGUCGCUCCCGCGAGCGACCGUGGCGUAGUCGAGAACAGUCUCGUGAGGUUCAUCACAGGAGUGCUUCUCCUUCACCAGGGACCUAUCCACAAGUUCCAGCUCUCCACUUCUUUCCUGCAAUGUCGCCCGGACAUUGACCAGUGGUUGCUGUUCCUGUCCAGGAACGGGAUCAAGGAGCUUGUUCUCGAGUUAGGGGAAGGAGAGUUCAGGGUCCCUUCGUGUCUCUUCCGUUGUUCGAAACUGACCCGUUUGGAGCUUUGUCACUGCGAAUUCGACCCGCCUCAGUAUUUCAAAGGCUUCUCGUCUCUCAAGAGUCUUAACCUUCACCAGAUCCUCGUUGCUCCCGAGGUUAUUGAGAGCCUGAUCUCGGGAUGUCCGCUUCUCGAGUACCUGUCUUUGUCUUACUUUGACAGUUUGGUUCUGCGUAUAUCAGCUCCGAGUCUCAUGUACUUGUAUCUAGACGGCGAGUUCAAAGACAUUUUUCUCGAGAACACGCCCAAGCUGGUUGCGAUAUCGGUUUCGAUGUACAUGCAUGAGGAUGUUACUGAUUUCGAGCAGAGUUCUGAUUAUAAUCUAGUCAAGUUCCUUGGCGGUGUUCCCCUUCUUGAGAAGCUCGUUGGUUAUAUCUACUUCACAAAGUACUUGAGCAUAGGAGAUGACCCAGGAAGGCUUCCGAUUACUUACAUUCAUCUGAAAACUAUAGAGCUUUACCAAGUGAGCUUUGAAGAUGCCAAUGAGGUACUAGUUCUUCUUCGUUUGGUCACUCACUCUCCUAACCUUAAAGAUCUCAAAGUAUCGGCUUCACCAAUCCAACUAUUUCCUCUUGAAGAAGAAGGUUUUGACCUCGUCGAGAGAGAUUACUUCGAGUACAAACUCCCGAGACUUGAGACCGUGAGGAUGACAGACGUUUCUGGCAUCAGGAAUGAGUUGGAGUUUAUCAGGUUCUUGCUGGGAACUUCUCCAGUUCUGGAGACAGUCAUUGUAACAUCGAGUUUAUCGGAUAAAGAUGCGAAAAUGGAUAUGGUUGUUGAAUUGCUCAGGUUCCCGCGUGUUUCUCCUCGAGCAAAGUUCCUCUUCCUUCAAGAUUGAGUCUUUGACUCUCUAUGUUUGUUCAUUUUUUUAAUAUAUUUGGUGUAAAUGUUGUUGGAGGAUGUGAAGAAAAAUGAGUAAUGCCGUUGAAUCCGUAGUAGUUUUAGUUUUGCCCAAAAGGGUUUUGGAAUAAUGAUGGAUGUGAAGUUAUAAUGUAAGUUGGCAAAAGAUGGUAACAGGUUUAUAAUAGUUGCAGAGAAGUUGAGAUUUCUUCUUUCUCUUUUGUUAUACAAACUUCAAAGGUUGUAACAUCCAGUCUCCGAUUAUUUAAGUUUGGCUUUAUCAUUUCCUAAUUCUGGUGAUUUACUUUUUGCUUAAUACC